GCCUUUGAUCAAGAUAUCAAGACCUCACUAACCAAAUAAACAUCACCAAAAACCCACGUUCAUUAUUGUUCCUCAAAAAGGAAAGUUAAAUCCACAAAGUACAUUUCACACACUACUCUUCCUCCUAACCCACCACCAUAAUUCAUCCACAAAUAAAUAUAGAAACCACCCAUUUGUUCACCAGUUUCUUCUCCAUGUAGGAUCUAAAAGAGGAAGGAAACAAUCCAUUUCAUUAUAUUAUAAAUUCUUAACAAAACUAAAAUUAGCUAAAUGCCUGCAUGACUGCAUCAUUUCAUCAUCCACUAACACUUCUCUUUCUUUUGUCUCUUCUUUUUUAGAGGAUAAAUUAAGGUAAAGAAGGGAUAUGGCUCGUGAGAAGAUUCAAAUAAAGAAGAUUGAAAACUCAACGGCGAGACAAGUGACUUUUUCAAAGAGAAGAAGAGGAUUAAUCAAAAAGGCUGAAGAACUUUCAGUUUUGUGUGAUGCUGAUGUUGCUCUCAUCAUUUUCUCUUCUACUGGGAAACUCUUUGAAUACUCCAACUUAAGCAUGAGGGAAAUACUUGAAAGGCAUCAUUUGCACUCAAAGAACCUGGCAAAGCUGGAAGAACCGUCUCUCGAGUUGCAGCUAGUUGAAAACAGCAACUGUUCUAGAUUGAGCAUGGAAGUUUCUAAGAAGAGUCAUCAACUAAGGCAGAUGAGGGGAGAAGAUCUUGAAGGUUUGAAUGUGGAAGAAUUACAACAAUUGGAGAGGUCACUUGAAAUUGGGUUGGGCCGUGUAAUAGAAAACAAGGGAGAGAAGAUCAUGAUGGAGAUCAAUGAUCUCCAAAGAAAGGGAAGGCAAUUGAUGGAAGAGAACGACCGACUAAAGCAUCAUGUUGCGGGCAUCAUUAACGACAGAAUGGUUGGAGGUGAUGAAUCUGAGAAUGAGAAUGUGGUUAAUGAAGGUCAAUCCUCAGAAUCUGUCACCAACGUUUACAAUUCCAUUGGUCCUCCCCAAGAUUAUGAGAGUUCGGAUACAUCGCUCAAGUUGGGACUACCAUAUGCCGGCUGAAGGAAUGUUUGUGUGCGAGGGAUUAACCUUAGAGGCUUGAGAUUAACAAGGAUUAUAUGAUUGGCUAAAUUUCCCAAAUGAUUGCGAUUUUAAGAGUAAAUAUGUACGUAUAGUAAUUGAGCAACAUGACUUCAUGGGGUACUCUAUAUUAUCUCAUUUCGAAAUUGUUAACGUGAAAUAGAUUAAUUUCCA